AUGCCACUCACUGCGCCGCCAAGGCGCAAUGGGAACAUUAAGGUCUUCUUGAAUGGCCGCAUCUUUGUUGGCCCCGACUGGCGCAUCAUGACCUUGAGCGUGGUGCUCAUCUCCGUCUGUUCUCUCGUGUUUGUGUUCUUCACCAACGAGGUCAUGCCCGCUCGCGUCACCGUUGGGGUGACGGCGCUGAUUUCAGUGGCGGUGUUGCUUCUGUGCGGGUUGUCGGAUCCAGGUGUCAAGCCGCGGCAGCCGCCCCCACCGCCUGACGCGCCUCCGCACGAGUCGCUCUGGCGUGAGCGCGAGUACGUGGACCAAAACGGGUAUGUUCAUCAAGCCCGGCUAGAGAUGAAAUGGUGUUAUAGCUGUAACAUCUACCGUCCCUAUCGCGGGGCGCACUGCCGCUACUGUGAUCAGUGUGUGGCUCGCCGCGAUCACCACUGCCCGUGGACGGGCACGUGCAUCGGCGCAAAGAACUACCGGUCCUACUUUGCACUCGUCUGGGUGCUCUCUGUGAUGUUAUUUACGGCCCUCUGCGGCGGCAUUCAGAGUUUUGUGCAGCGCAUCGUCCGACACAGCAAGGCAACAUCCGUCAUCGAGGACAGCCCCAGCGCGUUCACCGCCGCCCUCACCGACACGUACGGCCUGGAGCUCAUCUUAAUUGUGCUUUCUUUCGUCUUCGGCUUGCUGGUGUGGUCGCUGGCAGUCUACCACACCUACCUCAUCUCGCGAAACCUCACCUCCGGCGACGCAGCAAAGGACCUGGAGGAGAACGUGUUUACGCACGGCAGUGUGCUCGCAAACGUGUGGGCUGCGCUGACCGGCUGGCGUGAGGAGGAGAUGACGUGCAGAGACGCACGCACUGAGGUGGUGAUCGAGGUGGGUGGCUGCGACGACGUGGGCGAUGCACCUUCGCCUUCCACCACGGCCCACGCUGCAUCGUCACAUGCGACUGAUUGCGACGGCGGCGAUGCCUCACACCCAUGA